AUGACGCUCGAGGAUUUCUUUACGCUAACAGAAAUAAAAGAUGGACUCACGGUCGCUUCUCGUGUUGAAGAGCUCGUGUCUGUCAUGCGGAGUAAUAAAGGUUCGGUUUUGAAGAAUGCUGGGGAUGCUUCUAGGCAAUGGACGGCUGUCGCAAGCACAAUCGCGGCCACAAAGAGCAGAGAAUGUCUGGAUGUUUUUGUUAAUUUAGAUGGUCUCCUUUACUUAAGUAGCUGGCUAGCAGAAGCUCAGGUGUUGGCUAACGAUUCGACUGACGUAUCUGUAGAGGAGUCAGUUCUUGCCUUGUUAGAAGCCGUUGCAAAUAUAGGUGUAGACAGUUCGAGGUUAGUUUCUUCUGGGAUAUGGGCUGCUGUCAAGAAACUUGUUGACCAUGGUGGUUCUCGGGUUCAGGGUCAGGCGAGAAAGCUUUAUGGUAGCUGGAAGGAUAAGGUAGCUGAUGACCAUUCUGAACGUGACACUGAAAGCUGCAGCAAAACUCGUGGAGAUGAGGCGAGAGUCGUAGCAGCAAGCAGGGAGAGCAGUGGGCUAAAAUCCGGUGUGACUCUUUGUUCGACGCAGAGUAAUGAUGAAAAGCAUUGUCCUGAGUUAGCAGAUGAAGCCAUGAUGUCAGGAAGCUCAGGAGAAAACAACCCAAAUCAAGAUAAGGGUUCGGAACUGCAGAACGACAAGGUUGGGGUCGACUCGAACGUGAGUUCUCACUGCACUAAUACGAUGACUGAAACUCUGAAUGGCUCUCCUACCGAUGUCAUCAUGGAAGAAGCUCAAGAAAAUCUUUCCCUGAAGGAAAAUAGCUCUAUGAGGGAGACGAUGGCUCCCACAGUUUUUGGUAGUUUGCCUACUGGCUCAUCAAAUGAUCCACUGGGUGCUGAGAUAUCUAAGGAGAAGCAGAUGGGAAUCCAUGAAAAAGUCGGUGGUGCAGUAGCAGUGACAUCUAGUUCAGCAGGACAUGCAGCUUUGUCUUCUGAUUCUGUUAUUGCCAGUAUGGAGUUGGAGAAAAACAGUCUUUUGCAGAGUAGUCUUGAUUCAAACGAGGUGAGCAGGAAUGCGUCUGAGACGAUAUGUGGAUCGCACGAUGUGAGCAUAGCCAAAGAUGUGCCUUCAUUGGCUCAUAUAACGGACAAUCAGGACUCUGCCAAUUCAUCAAGAUUAUCAGGUGGUCAUGGUAGAAAGGGAAACGUUGAGAGUGACAAUAUGACUGCUCUUGCUGACGAUGAAGAACGGAAAGAUGACAAGGGCAACUCAGACAGAAAGAAGAGAGCAAAACGGAGAAAAAACCGCAAGUCUUCUAGAUCAAUGACCAUAUCCCAGCGCCUUGGAGCAAUUGACAAAACAACUGCUGAUAUUGACCUUGGUAUCUUGGAUGCCUUGGAGGUCGCUACCAAAGUCGCACAGGAAGUUGCAAGAGAAGUGGACUCUGGAGAAGCUUCGGAUAGUUCUUCUGAUGAAAGCGGGCAGUCUGGUUCGCAAGAUGAUCUACUCACAGGUUCUACAUCUAAGGGAUUAUCAGUGGGUGAAAGCCAUUCCGUUGAGGAACCGCGUGUUGGAGGUGACGAUGUAAUGGAUGAGAAGAAUGACAUACAUGAAAAUGGGAUGAUAAGCGAUGGUGAUGCUGGCGAGAAGCACCUAGCAGCAGCUGCUAAAUCUGAAGUAGGCAGAGAGAGAAGCCCAUGCGGCUUUGAUCUCAAUGAAGAUAUUUGUCCUGAUGAAACAGAUGUCGUUAUGUCCUCCAUAUCUACCACCACUACUCCUCUUAUGCCCGUCUCGCAUUCUGCUGCUACUAGUGAAAAGCAGGUGAUUCAUCGUGGUAUCGAUCUGAAUGUGACUGAGGCAGGAGAUGAUCAAGUUGAAGAUCCAACCCCCUGGAAACAGUUACCUUUCUCCUCGUCAAACUCUAGAGGUGGAGAGUCGUCACAUGAAGCUAAUCCCCGGGGAUCAAGCAAGUUCAACCUGGAUUUGAAUUGUACAAACGAGGACGAAGACAUGCCUCCACCUCCUUCUGAGUCGAAGAUGGAAACAAGGUUGUUUCUUAGUCACAACGGCCAGCAAAGCGCAUCACCUGUCUCCUCGUUGUCAGGUUCUCAGCAACCAGGCAAGGAAGUAAACUUUGACUUGAACGACAGGCCACAGUUUUUCACCGAUUCACGUGAUCACCCUCCCUACUAUGGUCGUCACCCGUGGAGUUCAGCCCCCUAUGGAGGCUACAAAGCAGAUGAACCGGCUAUUUCCAUCAUGGGUACAAAAGUGGACGUCGACAGAAAAGACUCUGCACCGCAGAUGUCUUCAUUCUUGUCCAACGGUAAGUCCCUCGAGCCGCCCGCGCCGGGAUUAUUCUUGGGAAGGACGGGAAACUCUUCUGUGGGUUUAGCUCCUGGUGUUUCCUUUUCUCCAGCUCCCAUGUAUGGCUACAAUGGAUUGAACGGUCCUCCUGGUAUGUCAAUGUCAUCUCCCAUGUACGUUCCUGGAACUGCUAUCCCUUACAUGAUGGACGCGAGGGGUACGCCAGUGAUGAUGCCUCAGAUGAUGGGACCGGCUUCAUAUGGGCAGCCACCGUUCCCUCCACACAACAUGUUCUUGGGCUUGGCGGGUGGAUCGCCUGGUUUGAAUGGAUCAGUGAGGCCACACUUCGAUCAGAGUCCUGCGUUUAGUAACGAGAUGGGAAACAGAGAGUCGUUAAGUCUGAGGCAGUUUCUGACGCCGGAGCAGAGCGGGGCUAUGGGAGAGCAUUCUGGAGCAAACGUAGAGCCGUCGUCGAGUUCGUCUAUUAGCGUUGGUGGAAAGCGGAAAGAGCCAGAGGCGCGUUGGGAGUUCCCUCCAUGGAGAUGA